AUGAUGAUCACAACAAACCAUUGCCAGACCUUAUUUUCGUUUGCCUGUCUGUCGUGUUUCUUUUGUUUCUGCUCAGAAUUCUCAUGUGCCGCUUCAACUUCCAGAGUCAGUAUCAAACAUGGUGAUUUCAUCAGAGACAAAGAAGGCGAAGUUUUAGUCUCCAAUGGCUUCAACUUCGUAGUGGGUUUCUUCGGUUUUCAAAACUCUUCUUCUCGUUACGUUGGUAUUUGGUACUACAACAUUCCUGGACCUCAAGUUGUUUGGGUUGCAAACAGAAACAAACCCAUCAAUGGUAACGGUGGAUCCAUCACUAUAUCUACAAACGGCAAUUUAGUCAUUCUUGAUGAAAACAAAACACAACUCUGGUCUACCAAUGUUUCCAUCAUUGACAGCAACAAAAACAACUCCGAAGCUGUUCUUAAAGAUAAUGGUAAUCUUGUUCUUUCAAAUGGGAAAGUGGUGUUAUGGGAAAGUUUUGAAAAUCCAACUGAUACUUAUCUACCUGGUAUGAAAGUUCCUGUGAAUGGGAAGAGCUUUAACUUCACUUCAUGGAAAUCAAGUACAGAUCCUUCAUUAGGGAACCAUACAAUGGGAAUUGAUCCAGAAGGGUUACCACCACAGAUAGUAGUUUGGGAAGGAGAGAAAAGAAAAUGGAGAAGUGGUUAUUGGGAUGGUAGAGUUUUCACUGGUGUUGAUAUGCCAGGUAGUUUUCUUCAUGGUUUUGUUCUUAAUUUGGAUAAUAAUGGAGGAGAUAGGUACUUUGUUUAUAAUAAUAAGUUGUUGUUGAAUGGUACUAGUUCUGUGAGGUUUCAGAUUGGUUGGGAUGGUUAUGAAAGAGAGUUUAUUUGGAAUCAAAAUGAGAAAAAUUGGACUGAGAAACAAAAAGGGCCUCAUAAUGAGUGGGAGGUUUAUAACUUUUGUGGUGGUUUUGCAGCUAGUGAUUUGUUGGUUUCGGGUUCGGCUACUUGUAGUUGCUUACAAGGGUUUGAACUAAAGGAUAAAGGGAAUUUGUCAGGUGGAUGUAGGAGGAUGACAGCAUUGAAGGGCGAACAGAAGAAUGGUAGUUUUGGAGAAGAUGGUUUCAUGGAGCUUAGGUGUAUGAAGUUACCCGAUUUCGCGAAUUUGGUGGUACAUACUACGGAUUGUGAAGGUGAUUGUUUGAAGAAUGGUUCUUGCACUGCCUAUGCAGAAGUUAUGGGAAUUGGUUGCAUGGCUUGGUAUGGAGAGUUGGUAGAUCUUCAAAAGUUUGAACAUGGAGGGAAUACAUUGCACAUUCGUCUUGCUCAUUCUGAUUUAGUUAAUAACAAGAAGAUAGUGAUUCUGAUAAUAUCAGCUGUUCUAGCAGGGCUAAUCUCUCUAGGAAUGUUUGUAUGGUUGGUACGGAUGAACAAGAGAAAACUCAAAGUAGUUUCUACUGCUUCGCCUCGCAAAAAUAGUGAUAUAAUACCAAUGUUUGAUGCAAGAAAGAGCAGACAGAUGUCUGCAGAAUUAUCAGGAUCAAUUGAACUUAGUUUGGAAGGCAAUCAACUAAGUAAAACUAAGAUUCCAUUUUACAAUUUUAUUUGCAUGUCAGCAGCAACCAACAAUUUUUCUGAAGAAAAUAAGCUCGGACAAGGUGGUUUCGGUCCUGUCUACAAGGGAAUGCUUCCGACCGGAGAAGAAAUAGCUGUUAAGAGGCUUUCGAGACGAUCGGGCCAAGGGGAAGAAAAGUUGCUUGUAUAUGAAUUCAUGCCAAACAAAAGCUUGGAUUGCUUUUUAUUCGAUCCUAUUAAGCAAACACAAUUAAAUUGGGCGAGACGUUUUGAAAUCAUUGAAGGAAUUGCAAGAGGACUACUCUAUCUGCAUCGUGAUUCAAGACUUAGAAUUAUUCAUCGUGAUCUAAAAGCAAGUAACAUUUUGUUAGACGAAAACAUGAACCCAAAAAUAUCAGAUUUUGGCUUAGCCCGGAUAUUCGCUGGAAAUCAAAAUGAAGCCAAUACAACCAGAGUGGUUGGUACAUAUGGUUAUAUGUCUCCUGAAUACGUUAUGGAAGGCCUAUUUUCAGUCAAAUCAGAUGUAUAUAGUUUUGGUGUAUUGCUACUAGAGAUUGUGAGUGGCCGCAAAAACACUAGCUUUCGUCAUUCAGAUGAUUCGAGUCUCAUAGGUUAUGCAUGGCAUCUUUGGAACGAACAUAGAGCAAUGGAACUUGUUGAUGGUUGCAUUCGCGAUUCUUGCCCUAAAAACAAAGCAUUGAGAUGCAUACACAUAGGGAUGUUAUGUGUGCAAGAUUCAGCAGGUCAUAGACCAAACAUGUCGAAUGUUGUGUUGAUGCUUGAGAGUGAAGCAACAACUCUUCCUUUACCUGUGCAGCCUUUGGUUACUUCCAUGAGGAGUUAUGAAGACAGAGAAUUUUACAUGGAUGGUCUUGAUGUUUCAAAUGAUCUCACGGUCACGAUGCUAGUAGGGAGAUAG